AUGGACCCGAAGAUCCAUCCCGCUGUCACCGUUACUAAUAUCAAAAACUCCAUCUCGAUCACACUCGAAAUGGAGUCCAGCCAGUAUGCCUCAUGGGCAGAAUUGUUCAAGCUUCAUUGCCGUGCCUAUCAAGUCCUCGAUCACCUCUCUCCCAAAGCAAAAGAAUCUCCCCCCUCCUCCACUGCCGGAUCUGAUAAAGACAAAGAAAAGGAACAAAAAGAUGCGAGCGAUGAUGCUUGGAAUCACCUGGACGCUAUCGUUCUCCAAUGGAUAUACGCUACUAUCUCACCGGAUCUCCUCAGCACUAUUAUGCGACCCGAUUCCACUGCAGCUUAUGCUUGGGCAGCCCUCAAGAGCAUUUUUCAUGACAACCAACACACCCGAGCUGUGCUACUACAGCGUAAGUUUGCCAACGUGAAGCUUGAUUCUUUUUCCAGCAUGUCUGCUUAUUGUCAAGAAGUUAAAACUCUUUCCGAUCAACUGGCCAAUGUGGGAUCGCCGGUCACAGAAGAGCAACUCGUAAUCCAGUUGUUAACCGGUCUUAAUGAGGCUUACGAAAGUAUUGCCACCAUUCUUUAG